AUGGUUAGCGUAAAAAGAAGAAAGCGUCGUGUUAUUAACAUUUCUCGGAAAUUCCAAGCAGAAUUGUCAAACGGUAUACUCAAAUUCUUUCCUAAGAAGAAAAUUGGAAUAGCUUCAGAACCAGAAUUUCAAAUUGAUCUAGCAAAGGCUACGGUGAUGUACGACGAGAAACGCAUCGUUCUGAUUCUGAAGGUAGCAAAUGAAGCUCACAGUUUAAUUCCGCUCGAAGAUUCAUUAGAUCGAUGGCGAGAUGCAAUACUCAAGCACAGAUUAUAUCGGCAAGAAGCAGUCAGAGAUGAUCAGGGCUGGGAAUCACACUCUUGUAAUAAAAUGUUCGACGAAGUUCAUCAAAUGCAAGGUUUGACGUUGGAGGUCCUCGAAAAACUUACAAAAACAUAUGAAGAAAUGAAGAAAACUAACAUAGAAUUGCAGAAUUCGCUGAAAAACAUUCGAGACGCCUUGAUGAGACCUGCAGAUAGCACGUCGGCUUGGACGACAAUUUCAACUUCAAUGACACCAACAAAUUUGUCAACUGUUCCACGGACAACAACAAAUAUCUCGUCUCUUCCACGGACAACGACAAAGCCGACCGCUUCGAUCCCUUCCUCAAAUCUGGACGGAAACAGUUCCUCGAUGGAUUCGAAAUUACAA